CGUCUUGGCAUUUCAUAACCCAAAAACGAAAGACAAGUGCACGCGAAUUACAAGAUUUACCGCUUUAUAAUUUUUUAUAAAAAUUAUAUGAAAAAUAAAAGUUCAAAGAAAAUAAACUUAAGAUUUUUAGCAUAAAGAACAAAUAUUGAAAAUGGUGGAAGCGGGUCAAAAUGUUGCGAUCGAUAACUUGGAUAAGGACCAAAUGAAAACAUUCUCAGAUUUUCUGAUGUCCUACAAUAAAUUAUCGGAAAUGUGUUUCACAGAUUGCGUGCGUGAUUUUACUUCGCGUGUGGUCAAAGACAAUGAGGAACGCUGUGCACUCAAUUGUAUGGAGAAGUACCUGAAGAUGAAUCAACGUGUUUCGCAGCGUUUUCAAGAGUUCCAAAUGAUUGCCAAUGAAAAUGCCAUAGCGAUGGCACAGAAGUCUGGAAAACUGUAACGUGUUGUAAGGCAACGAACGAUUCAUUGGACGUUGAGCACAGUGAAAUUGUGUAGAAUAUUUUUUCAAGACCUAUAAGCAUUUCCUCCGAAGCGUACAUAUGUGCAUUUGUUAACUUCACUACCAUUGUUUAAUAAAAGGUAAUUCGUUACUAUUUUUGGAGUUUUAAAAUCUUACUCCAACAAAAGAAGUUGCAUUUUAUAUGCAAAUAUUUAUAACAAUAGUAGUCGUAGUAAAGUAGUUUUGUGUCGGGAAGAAUUUCUAACCCUCAUAUAAAAAAAGUAAUAAUUUUUAGUCCUCAGUCCGCUCGUUGACUGUAAUUUUUCAAUUAAAUAGUGAAAGUUCGUCUGACAGUACCUCAAGUAAUAAGAAUAACAGUAUACGAAAUACGUAUUGUUAAGUGUAAUUUUUUCAAGUAACAGUGAAAACAAAUAGAAAUCUUGACGGCUCUGCACAACUGCAAACAAAUCCUUGAAGUGCGAAUCAUUUGCCCCUAGGGCAAUGUAAAGUGUCGUGUGUCCGAAAGUAUUUUGAUUUAUGAACUUUUACAAUCAAUAUUUUUCCCAACUUAUCUCGUAACCAAGACAUUUAAAACACUCUUUAAACGCCGAUCAACAACCAUUUACCACGGCUACAAAAAAUAUGGAAUAAAAAUAACUUUGCUUGAGGCGAUGUACGCCGUAGUUCACUGCCCUGAUAAGCGGGCGCAUGGUUUUUAAACUGCUUAUUUGGCAUUUUUAUUUCCUUAAUAUUUCAUAUAAUAUAAAUGAUUUAAAUUACUAUUCGAAAUCUUAAGAGAAUGCGCAGUGGUUACAUAUAAUUAAUUCAUUAAUGAUAUCUUAGAGUUAUGAUAAUAUAUUAGGAUACGGACAAGUUGCGAACGCGUUUAACUAAAUAAUAUUAGAAAAAGAAAAACAUGAAUACGAAAAUUUAUUUAAAAAAAAUUUAAAAUAUGUGCAAUACAAUAUUUCAUAUAUGCUUUAUGCACCUAAAAUAAUAUAGAUAAAUAUUGAGAUUUUACCGUAUUGUGAUCAAUUGGCGAUUUAAUUACUAAUAACUUAAUGCACAUGUAACUUUUGGUAACUGCUGAAUACUAAAGAAAAGUACUAUUAACUAAGAAUGCUUGCGCUUGGUAGAGCUGACUCGUUGUAGACUUCUUACGAAAUGUGAAAUGAAUGAAAAUUCACUAAUAUGGUGUUUUUUAAUGUAUAGAACCACUUUCACCCUGAAAACCGUCUGUCUCGCUUAUUAAUGCAUACUCCAGAAUCACACGUCCUUCCUUGUAUCUAAAAAUGCGGAUUUCAAUUAAUUAAUUAGCAAUUAAAUUGUUUGCAAUAUUUCAACUUACUUUUGUGCAUCUUCAGUGGCGUAUUCAUACAUCCAGCCUAAUUUGGCAUCGCAGCUCUUACACAUUACAUCGCGCACCAUAUGGCGACCCGUAAGCAUUACACGCUCUUGGACAUUACUAAAGGUCAGAUUAACAACUCGCUUGAAAAGAUACGCACGACCUGCGAAAAAAACAUUAAACAAACAACAACAAUGUAGUUAGUCAGUGGUGAUAAGUAAUCAGUGCAAGCAAUCUCAGUCUGGCGCAAAUGCCACGACUCGUGUGUGUGGUAUUUCCUUAUCACAAAAAAGAUUUCACAGUUUAGCUUACCCGUUGCACCUGUAAAUCGUGUACUUAUCAAUUGGCUGCGAUUGGUAAGAUUUGUCAGGCACUGUGCGCAAUUGAACAGUUUCGAGCCGCCAAUAUGCUCGAGGAAAACACGGCCCAUAUUUAGUAUAUGUUAGACAAUUGUUUUUUUUUUUUGUUUUCGUUCUUAUAUUACAGUUGGUUACUGUAAAUCUUAUUUUCUUAUUUGUUUCACCACACAAAUAUAUUGUAAAAAAUAUUUUCUGCACACAAAUUCACAAGUUUUAUCGUCUAAAUGCGUUUGAGUCCACAAAUGACUGCAGUGGUAAUAGCAAUUGGUUUCACAAGUCGUACUGCUUAAUGCUGUUGAGAAACAUAGAAAAAUUGUGCCAUAUUAGGAAGAAAAGAAUGCAAUGAUGAAAUUUUAUUCUUUGUUAGCGAAUUUGGUAAUUUCUCUCUUAUAUAUUUACACUUUCUUUCUAUGCAUAUUGCGCUAUUUUAGCAUAUGUUCACUGCUGUUUUUUUACCUUUCAACGCGUGACUUUGAUCAAUUUCUACUACGUUUCAAUUAUCUAUUUGACUUUCCCGAUAUUUUUUCUUCUCUCUGUGUCGUAAUUUUCAAGUGCAAUUUCAAUUUAUUUUGACUAUUUUUUCAUUCUCUUGUUUAGACAAUAAAAGAACGGUAAAUAUUUUUGAAGUUGGCUGCAAUUGAGUGAAGAGUUGCCGGAGGGGGUUAAUUUUAUUGGCAAAAAUUGUUGCACUUGCAAUUUAAACUUGGAAAACAAUUUUUUUCUUUCGAAACAAUUAUUAAGAUUUAUUACAUUUUUUCUUCUAAUUAUUAUAAUAUAAAUUAUAAUACAUGCGAAUCGUAGGCUGUACCGUAAAGUUUAAUAUUGUUCUACCUUAAAGCUUAAAAAGUACGUUCCGCUUGCAACCCUGCAUUACGGCAUUUCUCAAACUCAGUUGACAGAUAAACAAACACAACAAACUUCACUUCUUUUUCUUUCUUUCCGGUUUAGGAUUUUGUGCGGUGUGCUUGUUCUCGACUUCGAGCUAAGGCCAAAUUUUCAAAUAAAUUCCAAUUUUUGGCGACUUGCACCAAUAAUAAUAAUUAAAAUACUUAAUAACCAUGUCUACAAAAGCUGAACUUGCUUGCGUCUACGC